AUGAAUUCCUUAAACUUGAGCAUUGCUGUCACCGGCGCUUUUGCAGACGUUAUUUCUCCUCGCUAUGAAAGUCAGCAGGAUGGCGGCAACGACGAGGAAGAGGAGUUUCAUGGCAAAUUUCACAUCAUCCAUAAGGACAGACCGAUAAUUCUGUUGGUAAUGUGUAUGAGCUGCGCCUUCGGAGCCUUAUUACGAACUAUUUUGAAGGAAACAAAAAUCCCUAUUCUUGUAAUUAUAUUCCUGGUUGGACUUAUUCUUGGAAUAGUAGCCCAUUUUUCACAAAAGUUGCCUUUUGUGAAAGUUAUCGCAAAUAUAGAUCCGAUACUUUUUCUUCAUUUAUUUACACCAAUCAUAAUAUUUACAGCUGCAUUUGAGAUGGAUUUAUAUAUAUUUCGAAAAUCAUUUUGGCAGGUGGUAAUUCUAUCAGUUCCUGGAUUUUUGAUGAAUUGUGCUUUCCUUGGAUGGAUAACUUAUAAAAUUAAUAAAUACAAUUGGUCUUGGGAUGAUAGCAUGCUGUUUGGCAUAAUUCUUAGUACAACAGAUCCUAUCCUUUCUGUAGCUUCUGUAAAAAACCUUGGCCUUUCAAAAAUAGUUAUCAACUUAAUUAAAGGUGAAUCUUUGUUUAAUGAUGCAACUACAGUAAUUAUUUUUGAAUUGUAUAAGGACCUUAUAAAUCAGAGCCACCAGGAAGUAGUUCAAGAGAUUUUUUUAAAACUCUUUUUGAAAUUUUUUGCAAGUGCUGCAUUUGGAUUUUUGAGUUCAAGGCUAGUUCUUUAUUGGUUGCAACAUAUUUUCAAUGAUGGAAUAAUUGAAGUAGUUUUAAGCUUCUCUAUGGCAUACAUAAUUUUUUUUAUUGCUGAAUGGUUUGGCAUGUCUGGAGUUAUAGCUCUUUCUAUUCUGGGCCUUCUUUUGGAUUCGGUAUCAUUUAGUCCAGGAAUGGAUAUUUUUCUUUAUAAAUUUUGGUCCAUGCUGACAUUUUUGGCUCACAUUAUUAUAUAUCUUAUAAUAGGAAUUGUGAUAGCUCAAAAAACAUUUCCAAAUAUAAAUUCUCGUGCUUUUUUUUACAUUGUGACAGUCUACCUUUCACUGAAUCUUGUAAGGUUUUUAGUUAUUUUGACAUUGAGUCCUUUUUUGAGUCGACUCGGCUAUGGAUUUAAUUGGCGUUGGGGAGCUAUUAUUGUUUGGAGUGGAAUGAGAGGCACUUUUACCUUGAACAUGGCUCUUCAAAUUAGCCAGACAGAGAGUGAGACUCCAGCUGAGGCUAGCAUUAAGAACCAGAUACUAAUGCAUGCUGGAACAGCAUCACUGUUAACGUUGAUUAUUAAUUCAACCACUGUGAAGACGCUGGUUGUAACCUUAGGGCUUUGUAAUAUUACUCUUCCAAAGCGUAUGGCAAUGUUUAAUGCUAUUCAACGUAUUAGAAAAAUGGAGGCCAACACUUUUGCAAUGCUAAAACUUGAUAGAUUUUUGGCUGAUGCAAACUGGGCAAUGGCAGAAAAAGCAAUCAAAAUAGAUUAUCCUUAUAGAGUAAAAGAAAUUAAUCAAUUGGUCAGAUUGCUUAGAUGUCCAGAAUGCAAUGCAGAUAUUACAUUUGAGAGAGAUCCUGAACAAAUUGCUGAAAUAUUUGAGGAAGCCAGGUUACGUCUCUUAACUGCACAGAUAGCUAGUUAUCAGAAGCAAUAUAACAGUGGAAUGCUAAACCAAGAUGCUGCACAAAUAUUGAUAGGUGCAGCAGAAAGCUAUGUUGAUAUUAAAGGAAAGUUUAUGAAUAUUCAUGAAGUAAAAAGUUAUUGGGAAAGCAAAGGUGUAUUGGUCACAAUUAAGAACUGGCUAACUGAAUGGGUUCACUUUGUGAAAGAGGAAAGUUAUAAGCCAUCAAGACACAGGUUUAUGAGAACAUGCUACCAAUUAGUGAUAAUGGAGGAAUUUGAAUAUAUAUGUUGCAUAGUAACCCUUUUGAACUGUUUUCCAAUUUCUCUUUACUUCAUACUUACUACCGAUACACCAUUUUUUCCACAACUAAAAUUGUGCAACUAUUAUUUUCUGAUUUUGUACAUGCUGGAAGCUAUACUGAAGAUGUCUGCACUGGGAAGGAACUAUUUCCGUCAUCAUUGGAACCAGUUUGAUGUACUAAUAAUAAUCAUUGGAAUUAUAGAUGUUGUAAUUAUCAAUAUCAUUAAAUCAAUUAGUCCAACAUAUGCCAUUAUUUACACUAUCAGGAUAUUACGGUUUCUUCGUGUUGUAAGAGUUCUGCGUCUCUUAAAGAUAAUGAUACCCAAAAUGAUUUUCUUGUUGAAUAAACAAAUAAACAAACAGCUCACUUUUCGGUAUGAUAUUGCUAAAGGAUAUGUUCAAGGUGAAGAAGAUGUAAAAUGUUUAAUUGGACAGAUUGCUGGCCAUGAGAAAGUUUAUGUUGCAAUUAGCAAAAUUUUGGAAAUGAACAAACAAGAAGCCAUGAAAGAGUUAGGAUUAAUGCAGCGUGACUAUCCAGAUAUUGUCAUUGCUGUGAAAACCAGACAAGCAGUUCAGACGGUACUAAAUACAGCUUUUGAAACUCUUAAAUUUAUGAUAGCAGGAGGAAUCGUGGAUAAGAAUGAAGGAAAUGAAUUACAUAAGGUGAUUCUUUUAAGAAAACAACAGCUUGGAAGACUUCCCCCUACAAUUGACCCACCUACUGCACAUGACCUUCUAUGCAAUAUUGUGUGGCUUCAGGGUAAUAAAAAACAGAUAGAAUACAUUCAGAAAAAAGCAAACAUUCUUUAUUAUGAUUAUGGAGAUAACAUAUGUGAAGAAGGCGAUAUGCCACAAGGAAUCCAUUUAAUUGUAUCAGGCAUGGUUAAGCUUUCUGGUAAAUCCCCUUCUUAUGGAGUUUCUCAAGAAGUUAAAGAUACUCUGAAAGAGACUGACAAAAAUAUUCAAAGAAGAAUUCAUAAUCCUGUUACCUCUCACUACACAGAUUACGUUGUGACUGGAGCUAUACUAGGAGAGCUCAACUGUUUAACUAAGCAAGAAAUGGAAUAUAGAAUUUUUUGUGAAACUGCUGUGCAGACAUGUUUCAUCUCUAUUGAUGAUUUAUUUGAAGCUUUUGAUACGUUUUUGGAACCACCUUCCCUGGAAUAUAAAAUAUGGUUGAAAAUUGCUCUUGAUGUUGCUCUCAAAACCUUUAAAGAAAGUCUUCCAAAUCUGGAUUGGUCAUACAGAAUAUGUAUGCAGUUUUCUAAUACAUAUGUCGUGGAUGUACCAAAUCACACUAAAUGUGAUAUUUAUGAUGAAGCUAUGGAUGAGGUAAUUCUUGUACAUGGAACUGUGCAGGAUUGUCAAUCUGGGGAGCCUUAUUUGGCACCAUACAUUUUACCUAAAAUCUGCCAUCAGAUACAAGGUACUUCAGCCGCAACAAAAUUAUUAAUUAUACGAACUGAAGAAAAAGGAGAGCGGAAGAGCACAGCACCUAAUGGUAUAUGCCAGUAUCACGCAAGGAAGAGAUUUGGUGAGGAGGAACUUGAAACGCUUAGUAUCAGAGAAUUUAAUUAA